AUGCUGAUACCACGCGUGCUCGGCGCAAUUCUGUGCGUAAUCAACUGCGUGAGUGUGUGCGUCGAGGCCGCCUCUCGCCUGAAAUCUCACUCGCUGCCCAUCCAAUCUGAGAGAGAACCUUUGCCGUCAAAAGGCCUAUCAGGAUGCUCAUUUGGGGGUAGGUUCUAUUCCCUGGAGGACACGUGGCACCCAGAUUUGGGAGAUCCCUUUGGUGUAAUGCAUUGUGUCCAGUGCCACUGUGACCCUCAAAAAAGUCGUCGGGGUAAGAUAUUUGGGAAAGUCAACUGCAAGAACAUCAAGCAGGACUGUCCGGAUCCGAAAUGUGAUGAGCCCAUACUGCUGCCAGGAGACUGCUGCAAGACCUGUCCAAAAGGUGAGGAUGACAAGAAACAGACAGACCCAAUACUGGACAGCUUUGAGUAUUUCCAUGAAAAGGUCAAAGGGAAAGAGGAUGACCUGCACAAAUCUUACAAUGAUCGAUCUUACCUGAGCUCGGAGGAUAUGGGCCCGGAGGAGAGCCGCACUGACUUUGUAGCACUAUUGACAGGAGCGACAGAAUCAUGGCUGCCAAGUUCUAGUGCAGUUGCCAGAGCUCGCUUCUCUCUGACCAGAACCAGCCUGGCCUUCUCCAUCACAUUCCAAAAAAUAGCCCGUCCUAGUAAAAUCAUCUUCCUGGGUACAGAUGGUGCCACCGCUUUUGAAUACAAAGUCCCCAAGGGACAGUCGAACAUGAUUUGUGGAGUCUGGAAAAACGUUGUCAAGCCUCUUCUGCGACAGCUGCAGAACGAGCAGUUGCGCAUCCGCAUGAGCACGUCAUAUGGCAGACAAGAAGAAGUGGAAGGGAAAAUCAUCAAACACAGGGCAUUGUUUGCUGAGACAUUCAGCUCAACACUGACGUCAGAUGAGGAGAACGCAGGCAUGGGAGGCAUUGCCAUGUUGACAUUAAGUGACACAGAGAACAACCUUCACUUCAUCCUCAUCCUUCAAGGCCUCAUUAAAAAUAAAGACAAAGAACCCCUUCUGGUUCCCAUUCGAGUACAACUGUUUUACAGGCAACACAUCCUGAGAGAGAUCCAGGCCAACAUCACAUCACAUGAUCCAGAUUUUGCAGAGGUGCUGACUGAUCUGAAUAGCCGUGAACUCUUCUGGCUGUCUCGCGGGCAGCUGGAGAUUGCUGUAGCAACAGAGGGUCACCAUCCACGGCGGAUCUCGGGAUUUAUUACUGGCAGAAAAUCAUGUGACACCAUCCAAAGUGUGCUGUCCAGCGGUGAUGCACUGACUCCAGGGAAGACUGGAGGCACGGGUUCCGCCAUCUUUAAUCUCCAUGAUAACGGCACACUGGAUUAUCAAGUUCAGGUUGCGGGUCUCACUUCAGACAUGGUCGGCCUCACGAUUGAACUGAAGCCACGGCGGAGAAACAAGCGUUCAGUGCUGUACGACUUGACGCCAGAGUACAACAAGGCCACGGGCAGGGCAGUGGGCAGCUGGAGUCGCUUGGAGGCCCGGAACAUUCACAUGCUGCUGCAAAACGAACUCUUCAUUAAUGUGGCGACAGCUCAAAAUCAGGAAGGGGAACUAAGGGGCCAGAUAAAAGCACUGCCCUAUAGUGGCCUGGAAGCUCCAAGACAUGAGUUGCCCACUCCUCUUGGCGGCCACUUUGUGUUGCCCCCAAUUCGAACCGGUGCUUCCGGCCACGCCUGGGUUUCCGUUGACAAAUACUGUCAUCUUCAUUAUGAAAUUAUUGUGACGGGCCUCAGCAAGGCCGAUGACCUCACAGUGAAUGCCCACCUGCAUGGGUUUGCUGAGAUCGGGGAGAUGGAUGACAGCAGUGUCAAUCACAAGAGACUGCUGACUGGCUUCUAUGGCUCACAGGCUCAAGGAGUGUUGAAGGACAUCAGUGCUGAAUUAUUGCAGCAUUUGGAUCAAGGAAAAGCCUUCAUCCAGGUCACCACCAAAUUGAACCCAAGGGGAGAACUUCGCGGACGGGUCCAUGUGCCCAACAACUGCGAAUUUGGGACUAAAGAUGACAUAGACGAGGCUGAAUUUGAUGAACUUUUUGUCAAAGAUCCCGAGGCGCUAAAAAAAGAUCCUCAUACCUGCUUCUUUGAGAACCAGUACCACGCCCAUGCAUCUCUCUGGACUCCGAACUAUGAUAAAUGCUUCUCCUGCAGCUGUCAGAAGCGGACUGUGAUUUGUGAUCCAUUAAUCUGCCCGGUGUUGACCUGUUCCCAAACUAUCCUGCCUGUUGAUAAAUGCUGCCCAAUCUGUGAUGAGAGAAAGGGGACUAAAGAUCUAAAAGCUCCAGAAAAAGUAGAAGAAAAUCCUGAAGGUUGUUAUUUUGAGGGAGACCAGAAGAUGCAUGCCCCAGGAACGACAUGGCAUCCUUUCGUACCUCCCUUCGGUUUCAUUAAAUGUGCCGUCUGCACUUGCAAGGGCUUAACAGGUGAGGUACACUGCGAGAAAGUGACGUGUCCAGUGUUGACAUGCAGUCAUCCGGUGAGACGAAAUCCUUCGGACUGCUGCAAAGAAUGUCUAGAAGAGGAAAAGACCCCCGGGGACCUGGAACACACUGACAUGAUGCAGGCAGAUGGGCCCAGACACUGCAAAUUUGGGAAGAACUAUUACCAGAACAGCGAUAACUGGCAUCCCUGGGUACCACUGGUGGGAGAGAUGAAGUGCAUCAACUGCUGGUGUGAUCAUGGUGUGACAAAAUGUCAGCGUAAGCAAUGUCCAGUGCUGACCUGUUCCAACAUCACUCGCAAAGAUGGCUCAUGCUGUCCUGACUGCAUCGAACUGCACACUGGGCCGAUCAAAUUCCAGACAUCCCCGCCCUCUCCCACCCACCUUGUCAGCUUCAAGAUUGUAAAGGACAGAGAAGUGGGAAAAAAAGAAGAUGAAAACUAA